AUGUUUCGAAAAGCCGUUUUCGCUCUGUCCAUUCCAGUGUUCAUACAAUACUAUUCUAUCGCGUUCUUAGUUUUGGCUUGGGAGUCCUCAUGUGAUUGUAGUUUUUGCUCUCUGAAGGGAUGGAAUAAUGACGGAUGCUUCGCCACGUACAUCUAUGGUGAAUUCUCUGCUUUCCCGUUUACUUAUCACAACAGUCAUCGAUUGUUGCUCAUAUCAAGUAAAUCAACUCUAACAACAUCGAAAACGACAAUCCAGGAGAGCCGUUACGGAUUUCCGAUCGUUCGGCAAACUGAAGCUGAUUCGAGAACUUGA